AUGACGAUCAAUGAGACCAAUCGGUUACCAUCCUUACCAACUGAAAUUCAAGAUCCCAUUUUGACAUUAUUGACAUUUCGAGAGCGAAUACGGUGUAGCACUGUUUGUAAAUCCUGGCAAGCCAUGAUUUUGUGCAGACACGAUAUGUGGCAAAACCUGUCGACAGACGACCAGCAUACUAUAGUGCCUCACUUGGUACCUUACCGGCGCUAUAUCGAAGCAUCAUCUGUUAGACGCGUACAUUUAGGAGAGUUUGCUGAAGACUGUUGGCCAUCCGUAGCCAAAUUUCUGUUGGUAGAGCUAAAAUGCGAUGCGAUCCAAGAUGUUCACGUGCGGUCAGAGUGCCUUACAAAAAACAUCGUCAGGUCUUUACUUGACAGAUGCGGCAAGACGUUGACUCGCAUCUAUUUUGCUCCUCCACGCCGCAACGAAACAAUACUUACCCGAUGGAAAACCGAUGUCACGCCAGAUAUAUUCAUGCGACAAUGCCCGAACUUGACAAGCUUUACAUUUGUAUUUUCGAUAAAUCUCAAUGAUCGGGAAGAGUGGGCACCGACAAUACCAUCAUCGAUCAAGAACUCUCAUUUGACGGAACUUACGCUCGGUGUAAAUAGAAAAUUUGACCCAGAACCGUUUCUUCAAGCGGCACCCAAUUUGGAACAACUUGCACUACUAUUUCCCGAUAUCAACAUGCUUACUGGUCCAGCAUUUGCUUCACUGUUGGGUCAGCAUUGUCCACGGUUAACGUCGCUUCUAUUGACGUAUUUUACAGACCAUCCUGGUGAAUUUGAUAUCACUAAGUUGCAUCUUCCAAGAAAAAGUGAUAUACCGCGACGACAACGACUACAAUCUUCGCACCAGCAAUUCAUAGACAAUAGACUAGCAGCAACAACGCGUGGAGGUUUGACGGAUCUCUUGCUACAUGACUCUGUGAACUUAUUCCGCCAAAUGGGUGUUUUCCUAUUGCAUCACUUUGUCCAACACCAGCACAGCGUUUUGAAACGGCUCGACCUCUCGGGCAACACGUUUUCCGAGCACCAGUUAAUGAGAGAAGUAUGUCGCUACGAAUGUCCUUCAUUGACACAUCUGACUGUACGUCACGGCAGCGCAGACGCAAUGAAUUUGAUACAACAGUUCAUUUCACCUCGCUGUGUUCCCAAUCUCCGGUCGCUACAUAUACAAGACUUAGGCCCUUUCACCGAUGAUCUGCUGCUUGGUGUACCCUACACGGUUGAAGAGUUCAUUUUGGAGGAUUCCUAUGAUGUAACGGAAGAAGGGCUUGUUCGUUUCUUGAAAUCACGCCGUACGACACUGCGCAAGAUUGGCAUUAUAGGAACGGUACGAGCUUUCGAUCCCGAUGUGCUGCAUCAUGCCAUUGCUUCCUCAGACAAUGUUAUUGACGAGUUGAUCAUUGAUCAUCCUCUUGGUACUGUUUUAACACUUGUGCCCCAUAUGAUCAAGUUUUACGAUAUUAUGCUGGAAGCGGGUAAGCGGAUGCAAAAUAUUCAGCUCAGUUUUGAUGAAACCUGCUGGAAUCCGUCCAACGUUCUUAAAUCCGUGCAAGGCAAAACGUUCCUGAACAAGUUGGAUCGUGUGGCACAGGAAUGGAGAUUUCAUUUUGACAACUGGGGUACCAUCACCCAUGAAGAAUAUAGACAGAGAAAAAGAACCAAGUAA